GAAAGAAGGAAAUGUCAAACUGCAGGUGAUUGAUAAAAUGUUAAAAUCGAGGAAGAGUCAAUGGUUCAUUUACACUACUAUGCCUUAUACAUAAUGCUUAAAGCUUAAAAUGUUACAAACUCUAAGAUUAUUAAAUUAGAAUAUAUUUAAUUGAAAUAAAAACCGUCGGACGAUGGUGAUGUGCCAAAGGGAUACAGUAGUGUCAGUUCAGAAACGACGGUGACGUGUACGGUAUGGCGGAGGGCGAAGCGACAGGUGUAGCAGACGCGGUGCUCCUGGCACCACUUACAGAGGACACGUUUCUGCACAACCUGCAUGUCCGCUUCAAGCGUGAUGUUAUUUAUACCUAUGUUGGCAAUGCGUUAAUUUCGGUGAAUCCAUGCCGGCCCUUGCCACUCUACUCGGCAGACCUGGUGCGUGCCUAUCUCGCCCGACCUCCAUACACGUUGCCCCCACAUUUAUAUGCAAUAACAGUGACCGCUUACCGUUGGGUGCGAGAUAGAAACGAAAGUCAAUGCAUAGUGAUUACAGGGGAGAGCGGCGCGGGCAAGACGGAAGCGGCGCGCGUGUGCCUGCAGUGCGCGGCCGUGGCGGGCGGCGGCGGCGGCGAGCGGCUGGCGGCGGCCGGCACGCUGCUAGAGGCCUUCGGGAACGCCGCCACCACGCGCAACCACAACGCCAGCCGCUUCGGCAAGCUGCUGGAGAUAGAGUUUGAUUUCAAAGGCGAACCGGUGGGCGGUCACAUAACGCACUCCUCCAAACAAAAUCAUGAUUUCUUUGCUGCAAAAAGUAGUAGUACCGAUUUGGAAGGACAGAAAAAGCUGAAUUUGUUGAAUUUAAUGUAUUGUUUGCUUUUAAUGCUUCCGAUAGAUCUUUUAGAAAAGGAGCGGACUUGUAGCGUGUCGGAGGGAGAGAGGAACUUCCACGUGCUUUACCAGCUGCUGGCCGGCGCCGACGUACAUUUGCUCAAGCGUCUCCGGCUGCAACGUUCGUGGGAGCACUACCGCGUGCUGCGGGGCGAAGCGCUGGACGCCGCCCUCUCCCCGCGCCGCUCUCCCGCCCCGCCCCGCGCUGCGCCCCCCGAACAUGCGCGGGACAACGAACACUUCGCAUUUACUAAGGCGGCCAUGGCGUCCCUGGGGUUCAGCGGGGUGGAGUGCGGCGCCGUGCUGCGGGUGCUCGCCUUCGUGCUGAAGUUGGGCAACGUGCAGUUCGAGCCGCAGCACAACAUCGACGGCUCCAUCGGCGUGCGCCUCGAGCAGCAGUACGAAUUGGUAGAAGCGUGUGCGCUAGUUGGGGUGGAGGCAGCAGAGCUCGCCGCAGCUCUGGGCGCCCCCCCACUGUCGCACCGGGAUCCUGAUGCUGAAGAAGAAGAAAUGGCAAGAAGUGAAGAUGUAGAGGACAGCGUUGAGGGGGAGGAGGACGGCGAGGGCAGCGCGGAGUGGGCGUCGGCGCUGCGGGACCGCCUGCUGUGCGCGCUGUACUCGCGACUCUUCACCUGGCUCAUCAACUCCGUCAACGAGGCCAUCAAGCCGGCAGCGGCGGGCAAGCGGUGCUCGCUGGGCAUCCUGGACGUGUACGGGUUCGAGCGGCUGGCGCGCAACGGGCUGGAGCGCCUGCUCAUCAACUACGCGGCCGAGCGCGUGCAGGCCGCCGUCACCGGCGCCACGCUGCGCCGCGAGCAGGACGACUACGCGCGCGAGGGCCUGCCCUGGCGCCCCCUGCGCUACGCCGACCACGAGGCGCACGCCGACCUGCUGGACGCCGGGCCCGACUCGCUGCUGGCCGCGCUCCGGGACGCCAGGACCGACGCCGCCUUCCUGCAGCGCCUGCAGCGGCGGCGACACCCGCGCCUGCUGCCUGACCCACCUGACCGCUUCCAGGUGGUGCACUUCGGUGGCGCCGUGACGUACUGCGCCCGCGGCAUCGUGGACAAGAACCGCGACGCCGUGUCCGCCCGGCUCAGCGCCGUGCUGGGGGCCGCCCGGGAGCCGCUCCUGGCCGCGCUGUUCGCGGGCCGGGAGUCCCCGCGCCGCGUGUGCGCGCUGGCCUGCAGGCAGAGGGCGCUGGUGGCCGCGCUGGUCCGCAGGCUGGGGCCCGCGCCGCGGCUCGUGCGCUGUCUGCGGCCCGACGCGGGGCUCCGCCCUCACCGCUGGGACGCGCCGCUGCUCAGGCACCAGCUGCGCUCGCAGGGCAUCCUCGACAUGGCGCUGCUGCGUCGCGCGGGCUGGUGCGAGUCCAUGUGCGCGCGCGCGCUGGUGGCGCGGUACGGCGUGCUGCAGGGGGCGCGGGGGGGCCCCUCGGCGAGCGCGUCCCCCCGCGCCUCGCCCGCCCCCCGCGACUGCCCGCUGCGGGCGGCGCGCGCGCUGCUGCGGUCCCUGCCCAUCCCGAGCGCGGAGUUCGCGUACGGACGGACGAAAGUUUUCAUUCGUAGUCCCCGGACGGUUUGGGAAUUGGAAGCGUUACGUAGCGCUCGCGUGGAGCAGCUGGUGGUGCGACUGCAGCGAGCCUGGCGCCGACACCGCGCCGCACGCCGCGCCGUCGUGCGGCACGCAGCGCAGCGGGUCAUCGCGCGCGCGUGGAGAGCGCAUAAGAAGCGGCGACGAUUGCUGAGUAGGGACACGCAGUCACCGGCCGCCGUCAAGAUCUGGCGCUGGUGGUGCCGAGCAGCCCGGCGUCGCUACUUGAGCAGGCUGUGGCGCCGCCUCCCCGAGCGGCACCUGUCCCCCGCGUGCGUGUCCUGGCCCGCCUGCCCGCAGCCCCGCCUGCUGGCGCGCGCGGACGCCCUGCUGCGCCGCAUACACCACGCGUGGCGCUGCCGCCUUUACCGCGCUGCCUUCGACCAGACCGCCCGGAACCGGAUGCGGGAAAAGGUCACCGCCAGCGUCCUCUUCAAGGAUCGGAAGGCGAACUACAGCCGGAGCGUGGGGCAUCCGUUUGUGGGGGACUACGUGAGGCUGCGGGCCUCGGCGGAGUGGAGACGGGGCGCGACCGCCACGGACCGGUACGUGGUGUUCGCGGACGUGGUGGGGAAGGUGGCGCGGGGCAGCGGGCGGGUGGCGCGCUGCCUGGCGGUGCUGUCCACGGCCGCGCUGCUGCUGCUGGAGCCGCGCUCCCUCCGCCUCAAGAGACGAGUGCCCGCCCACAGCGUCUACAGACUGUCGCUGUCGCCCUACGACGACGACUUGCUGGUAGUCCACGUCCGAGCCUGCGGAGGCGCCGAGAGCUCCACUGAGGAGUUGUCGCAGUGCUCCUCGCGCGACGCUCCCGACGCCCCCGGCUGCCUAUUUGCGGGCGAGGGCGCGUGGCGGCGGCGUGGCGACGUGGUGGUGCGGACGUGCCACGUGCUGGAGCUGGCCACCAAACUGUUCCUCGUGGUGCAGAACGCCGUGGGAGCGCCGCCCCAUGUAAAUAUCGCGCCAGAGUUCGAAGCAAACUUCGGUGGGCAACUAGUCACGGUAUCCUUCCACGCGCUGGGCGAGGGGGGGGCUCGGCUGGCGCGGAGGGGGGACAGGCUGGACGUGCUGCUCUGAUGACGUCACACAUCUCGCUACGCUGGAUCCAUUGCAGCAAGUCUUGCACUUGUCUCGCGGACAUCGCGGACCUUGCUAUGACGUCACAACAACCUUCAUGACGUGGCAGCUGUGUCACAACUGUCCUUAAGAAAAGAGGUUUCGGUCAAGAAAAUGUUCAAGUGUGCUUGAAGGAAGUGAAACUGCUUUGCGAUUAUGUACUACGUCAUUAGGUAGUACGUACGUAAUAUUUUAAUUUAUAUGUUAAAGAUACAAAACGAAUAUUUCACACGACCUUUUUUUUAACUACAUUCAUAGAAGUUCCACUUCGAAAGCCUAAAAGUGAAUCAUCUCUGCGCAACUUUUGAAUAUUAAGAUUCAAAUGAAUCAUUACUCAAACCAGGGAUAUGAAAAGUGCCAAUAUAUACAUAAUUGUUGUAGACGCAUCAACGCCAUCUCACUGCCAACUGUGGAUACAACAUAAUCAGUCUUUUCGACGAGGUCUCUAUGGAAAACGCCUUGUUAUUGUAAAAUAUAUAUGCCGAUUUGGUAUAUUGAGUACGUGAUACAGUGGAACCUCGGCAAUCCGGUGUUUUAUAGGAACUAAUAUUUUGACCCACCGAGGCCAAUUGGUCUAUGAACCAGAACUAUUCAAGGAAUACCUUGUAGUACAUACAGCUUGCAAUAACACCCCAAACAAAAUGUACGGCUCGUGGUAUACCGGUAUUUAAAGAGUGCAGGAACAUUAAUGAAUUAGGUUUUGUAAUUUUUAGAUAAUCGUUAUCGCCCUUAAAUAAUGUAAUCUUAAAAUAUAGUCCAUAUUCCAAAUACAUUUAAGAUGGCGUCUCAAGUGGCUCCGACAUGAGACGCCUUGUGCGGGCGGUAAUUAACUUAAUCAUCGAUGAAGUGUACUUAAGAGUUUUUUAAAUCCUUCUAACAAUUCCUGUUCAGCUUUUAUAAUUCACUUCGUAUUUAAUUUCGGAGUUAUAGACAGUGAUUUUGAACACCCUGUAUAUUGUCGGAGCUCGCAGAAGCUGACACGGAUAUAAACCACUAUUCUAACUUAAAGAGACACCAAUAUUAAUUUAGGUAGUCAAACAUCUAUUGGGUUCGAUGUAGAACAAGUGAAAUAAGUUGGUAAUUAGGGUGUUUUAUACCAGGAGCGCCAAUCUAACCAACUGCCAAUUUUCCGAGGUUCGACUUUAUUGUUGUGUGUGUGUGUUUUGAGAAGCGAUAUCUCGCGCGUGCUCAGUGUAACUCGACCCCGUAAUCUAGGAAAUCUUAUGAUUAUAGUUAUAUUUACAAAUAAAUAAAUAAUCUUAGGUAGAUUAACUUUUGGAGAUCAACGCCUGAAUCUGUGUACUGGUUGAAAAAAUAUACUCUGAAUUGUAAGUUCGGGAAGAGAUGUAUCUAUGAGACCUAAAAAUCAAGUUUUGAUUGCUUUACUACAACGAUUUACCUGCAAUUUAUACUUUAUGUUUUUCCCAUAAAAAAGGUACGUAUUAAAUGUUUUGACGCUCACGUAUAAAUACAGGGUGUACUGGAAUCAUUACUGAAACUGAAGACAGAUGUUGGAACCUUCAACAACACGUUCAAUAAAUUACAUUUUAGUAACCACUUACUAAUGUAACGCGAUCACUGCGCGUCUGCUCGAGAAUAUACCAACAAUUUAAAAUCCUUUUUUUAUGUGUUAAGGUUGAAAUUCAGACACAGCUCAUUGAGUUUCUCGCCGAAUCUUCUCAGUGGGUCGCAUUUCGGAUCCUGUGGUAGAUUCUGCGAAGCACUGCUAUUGCUGGGGUUCGUGUUAGCAACGUCGUCAGGUUUGAGCCCCGUGAGUUCGCCUACUAGUUAAGGUUACGCUGAAAUAGCCUGUCAAGGCUUAUCAGUUUAGGUAGGAAAAAAAAGGUUUAAAAAUUGACGUCUACAUGACAAAUGACCUGAACAAAAUAUAAUAAAUAACGUCUAAAAAUUAAUAAUAAAUAACGUCUGAUGGUUGUAUUGGCGUCUUUUAUCUAAACACAUACUCCUAGUUAUCUGCAGUCCCCAAUGAAUCAGUUGUAAAGCAAAUCUGAGAGAACAGGAAAUCCCAACACGUGAGAUUUAUGGUCUCAUAGCUGUAAAAGACCGGGACUUUUCGGACCAUCCGUCUUACAUUGCUUGUUCACAAAAACUAAUUGAACAAAACAACUUUUUACUAAUACUUAUAGCACUUUUUUUUCGUAUUAAGCUAAGAUUCAGUAAUGAUCUUUACACCCUGUAUAGCGAUUCCGUACAAUAAUAUUAAUAAUUCCCGUUUCUAGUUGUUCAUUCAGUACAUAGUUUAUACAGCCUGGAAUACUAUCCAGUUAUAUACAUAUAUCUCAUCGUUGAAAAUUUUUAUAGUUGAAUUUAUAUAAUGUUGUACAUUUUUUUAUGUUGAAUUCAAUACAAUUUUAAUGGAUUUUAUUGUGUUCUUUUUUUUUGUGGUUGCGUGGUAUUUACAAGUGCGACGCGCUAAUUUAAUGACAUAUAGGAAUCAUCGGAUGCCAUGCUCUGUAAUAUGAAAUCUGUUGCCUUUUUUUAAAUAUCAAAACUGUCAAUGUCAAGCAUUAAGGUUAAGGUAGCCUAUUUUAAAAAUAUAGAGGAUAGAAGUGAGGAGCGCAAUAUCUGAGUGGAUUAAAAGUGUCCGCUAAAAAAGAGCAAAUUAAGGUGGCGCACAGUAGCAAGUGGAAAGAUUUAAAAAACAGCGUCAUAAACUACCACACUUCAAUUCAAUCCAGUACCCUCCACUCUCUUUAAAACUGCUAUAUUCAUUUAGGUAGUUUCCAUUUCCUACACUAGCGCUGUUUCGGUCAGUCUUCCAUCAAUAGCUUGUUUACAACUGAAUUUUUUCAAUUUAUCCCCUAUACAAGAUGGUGCUCCCUACUUGUACCCUCAGUAAUUAAAAUGAGAUCGGCCGCUUAAUCGUCCACAUGUAAAUCCUUUAAACAAUAUUUAGUAAAAUUUAUGAAAAUAUGACCAGGUUAAUAGAUGUACCCACAUUGUGUGUACAAAAGCAAUUAAUAAGACAGUAAAUUUAUUUUUCAUAAACAUACAGUCUAAUUUAUCAGAAAAGGGGUGGCUUUGAUAAACUUUUGAAAUUUGAUUAUAUAUCUUUGGCUAUAUUUUUCAUUAAAUUAUUUAAUAUAAUAUAAUAAGAGAACUCGCCGGUGAAUAAAAAUUAUAAUAAUUCAUACUAAUUACUUUACAUACUAUUUGAGAAAAACGAUAGAAUGACCGAUGCAAUAAAUAAUAAAAUAAGUGAAUAUUGAACUUCACAGGUAAUUCUGUUAUACCAUGAACGCAAUUAAACAAGACAGUUAUAAAUUAAAAAUAAUAAUUAUUUUUGAAAAUUUGUCUUGAAAUUUGUCUUUUUGUCUAACUUUUUCAUGUAUAUAUUUUUUGUUUUUAGUAAGCAUUCUGUCACUGACUGUCUGAAGUUUUGGUUUCUGUUCGAUAACUUAAAUUCAAAAUCACUAUAAUUCUUUGUGAAGUGAAUAUGAAAAAUUUUGGGCCAAAUACCUACUACAUUAAAAAUCUUAAUUCACUUAGGAUUUAUCAAUAAAUAACAAGUAAAUAAUGAUUGUUAAGUUUGAAAAUAUUAGAAAUAUAAAAUGAUGUAUGUACUGAACUGUACGGCUAAAUGUAAAAAUAUAUUAUACACAUUAAAAUUUAUCAACACAUGCACCAGUAGAGUUAAUGUAUUUAUUAAUUAAGUAAUAUAUUAUAAUAACAUUUUAUGAGCAAAUUAUAUAUAAUAAUAGUACUGAGGUGGGGAACCAAAGAUGCGGUGUUACACGAAAUUUUAAUAUUGUCUUUUAACAAUAUCUUAAUAAUCAGAGAAAUCUCAAACAUAUAUAUGGGAGACGAAAUCACAGAUUACUCACUGUCUACGUAGCACUAUGCUUUUAUUAAUUACCUUUUUCCUACAUAGACAUCUGAACGAGCCAUAUCCUGCUGAUGCUACCUGGUAGCCGGAGCCCAUAGACAUGAGAUCUAAGUCUCAAUUGCUUAAUAUGACGGUUAUCCCUACCUUCAAUUUCCACAGGACAAUAAUGUCCCUGCCUGCGAGAUUUGAACACCGACAUCUGUCGUAAUAUCCUUUGCUCUUUCAACGCUCGUGUUAGAUAGAGAUAGAGAAACAUACGAGAACAACUCGAACAUUCUAAAGCGCUAGAACUUAACUUCAUUUCUAUAAUUCAAAAAGCAUCUUCAAAUUUUUGUCCAUCAUGUGGAUGACAAAGAUAAAUAGAAUAUAAAAUAAAUGGUUUUAAACAGAAAAAGAGGGAGUAUCUAUACAUUGGCAAAUGAGGUUCACUAUGUAUAUUUGUGACAAUAUGUUAUGAAGCACUCUGACUGCUAUAGAGCAGGUGAUUUAUGGAGCUCUGGUUAAAAUUCUAAACAUGAAUGUAAUCGCUAUAAAUACAUUACAUUCGUCUUCUGAAAGGUGAGAUAACAAAAAUAGUCAAUUCAAUAAUUAAGUUUUCACAUGGAUAUUAUUAAAGUUUAAUUGAGCUCAAACCAUCUAACUGCUACUAAAAAAAAGGAGCAAGGGUGAAUCUUUUCCAGAGCUUCAGUGUUAGUAUUGUGGAGCUACACCGACACAUCAAAUUCGAACUUUAGUGCCCUAAAAAUAACUUCUGACAUACAAGAGCUUUUUCUUGAGAAUGAACGAAAUAAAAUCGCAAAUUAAACUAUUAUAGAAUAAUAUUUUUUUUAUUAAUCGUUAUAAUUAUAUUAAUAAUUACUAUAGGAUGAGCUAGUAAAAAAAGGUGAUUGGAUCAUCUCUUAUGAUUUUCGGGAUGGAUCUUCAGAAAAUAACAUCAACCAAAGCAGCUUAUGAACCGGUUUUCAUUGGCAGCUACGGGUACCGCUGAGACAACACGUGGCCUGACCACGGAAAGGGAGAUGUCAUUUAUUCCUUUUUAAUCUAUUUAAUUUUGAGAAGUCACGAUCGCCUUUGAAGUUUCGGCUUUAAGUGUACGACGCUUCAUGAAUAACAGAGAUGACGCUCUACAAAGACGAAGCUCUGUCUCAUUCUAAAGCUCGAACUCAAAUCCAGGGUGUACUAAAUGCAGAAUUUGAUGUGUCCAUUGUUAUUCCUGUGUGUUAGUUUUAUCGAGACUGUAUGUUAGUAGUAUCCGCGUUCCGCCCCAACCGAGUGGGCGGAGGGAGCGCGCCAAAACACAAAAAUAUUGUUAAAAUGUAAUGUUACGUUUUAACUGUCGAUUCACUAUCGAUAAAUUUUAUCGUUUCUAAUAAAAUGGUUGAAAAUAAUUCAGAAA